AGGCACAAGCACACAAGGCACUGGCAGUGUUUAGUGUUACCCCGGCCCCGCCCGGCAGACGACGCGCGCGCGCAAUUCGAAAUUCGAAUUACUGAUAACGUUCCCACCUGUUCUAAUACAAUUCAUUUAAGUUUUCCUCCCGAGAAAACCAAGUGAAAUAACACAUUUUCCGCCUAGACCAGGCGUCCUAGUGAGUUCACAUCGGAAAGUGUACUAACGGACUUUCGAAUCUCCGCAUCUUUUUUUUGAACAUUCAGCAGCGCGGGCGGCAGCAGCGAGGAGGCUGGGGGUGAUGCGGCGGCGGGCCCGGCGUCCGACGCGGCCAUGAGUCGCGACGUGUCCACCAAGCUGGCCGCAGGCAUGGACCGCUGGCAGACCACCUUCGAGGACAUGAUCCACCUGCGCUCGUCCAACAACCACGCCUUCAAGGAUAACUACUGGGCGCAAAACGGAUUCGAUGAGUUACGCCGGUACGUGAAACAGGGCAGCGAUUUCAGCAAAGAACUAGCUUCGAUACUGCAGGAAAGGGUAGAGGCAGAGAUUUACUACUCGAAAUGUUUGUCAAAACUAGGCACGAAGCUGAGCAAAGCCUGCAAAGAGAGUGUAGGCUCUUGCGUCGAUUCGUGGAAGCAUGUGGCGAUUGAAAUGGAAAAACGAUCAGAAAUACACAGAAAUUAUUCAAAUGCCUUAUCUGAAGAACUAGUGAAGCCUAUGAAACACGUCAUCGAUAGUCAGCUCAAAUUAAGGAAAAAGAUAGAGGGUAAUGUAGAUAAAACAACGCGCACAUUAGCAGACUGGAGGGCAUCAGAGGCCAAAUCGAAGAGACAAUCACAUGCGGCGGCGAGAGAAAACGAGAAACUGCAGGACGCUUCCCUAGACAUUAGCCGCAUGUCCCGGAGCUCAAGUGUGGGACACAUUCCACAUUCGAUUCUCAGCGCGGCGAGAGCGGAGCGAGGCAACCCUACUAGUGAACGAGACGUUGCUAAGCUGCAGGUGAAAAAGAGAAAGACAGAAGAUGCCGUAAAGAAGACCGAGGUUGAGUACUACAACGUCUGCGUGCAAGCGGAGCGGGCUAGGUUGGAAUGGGAGACAAGUGUAGUGAAAGGCGCGGGCAUGCUGGAAUCUCUUGAAGAAGAGAGGCUUACUCAGAUGAAGAGUUCUGCAGACUGUUACCUGAGGCUCACUGCUGCUGUUCCUCCGCAAUUAGCAGAAGCCACAAAUGCUCUGACGGCGCCCAUCGCGAACGCAAACCCAAAUGUGGACAUGCGUGUGGUGCGCGGCGUGCGAUCAGCACCCGCGGGCGCCAGCGAGCAGCUGCUGCCAGACUUCUACUGCGAGCACACCACGCUCGCCAUGAACAGGGAACGGCGGAAACAAGCUUUACUAAAGAUUCUACAAUUGGUGAAACAAGAUAUUGAGAGGGAACGCAAAUCUAAACAUGGCCUGGAAAAGCUGUCCAUGGCCAUAAAACAGACUCCCACAUUCGGCAGUGAUGAUUCCCAACAAAAUGUUGCUGAUAAAUUAUACCAUAUGAGAUCAAUGCUUACAUACCUGGAAGCAGUGCGGCACAAGAUAACAUCGAGCCUGGCUGAGCUAGACAGUCGCCCGCCAGCGCAGCAUCCGCUCUCGACGCACAUACAUGUCGUGAGAGACAAGCAGGGUCUCCAGCAAAGCAUUCUCAAGGUUCCACCGUGGCUACAGACUGACUACCAAAACGAAGUGAACAAAAACCUCCAACCGAGCUACACUGCACUCACAAGAAGUGUAACCGGAGGGGAAGAAAGGGAGAGGCGGGACUCCAUCAUGAGUCGAGCGUCUAGCAAGUUGCGAAUAGAACACUUGUCAUUUCGACGGCAUGCUGAACAUCGGACUGCGCCUACUACGCCAGUCUGCGUCGAACUACCUCCCCUCGCCAGUAAACCUCCCACGCCUGACGCCCCUCUGCCGCCCGAUAGCCCGCUGGAUUGGAGCGAACGCGGUGCGGGGGAUGGACUGUCUAAUCAGCAGGAUAGCGAUUUUGAUGAGUUCUCAUCACAGAGCGACAGCUCGUCAGACUUGCAAGAUGUGGGCAAGAAUGAGAACGGCGAUGAAUCUGUUCAGAAGUAUAUCGGAAAGUGCCGCGCCCUCUACACUUACGAAGCGAGGAUGGAUGACGAGCUUACGCUGUCUCCAGGUGAUAUAAUAAAUAUAUAUGAGAAACAAGAUGACGUUUGGUGGAGCGGCGACCUCAACGGCUCCUUCGGGAUCUUCCCCUCGUCUUACGUGGAAGAAAUAACCUCGUGUAUAUAGAAAAAGUGAAAUUAGAACUGUGAACAGAACACAAACAGAACAUUGAUCUAAACUUGAAGUGCGGGCGGUGGUCAUUAGUCACGCUUACGUGACGUACGCACACUUGUUCAGUUAGCGUUAUUUACUUGAAUCUUUCAUAGUAUGUGUUGUUUUCGUGCAAGUUUUAUGAGACACAAGUUUAUUGGGUUCAGUCAGUGCAGAAAUGUUCUUAUUGCAUACAUACUCCAGUCACUAGGGAAUGUGAUCCUUAACCUGUUUUUGAUACCAGGAUUUUGGGGUGAUAAAAAAUACCGGGAUCUGUUUUCACUAAACAUCUAAGUUUCUGAGCGUUGAAAGUCUAGGAAUUUCACAAUUCCAAUACCGGGAUUUUAGUCCCUUAAUAUGGGCCGGAAUACAGGAAUCACAGGAUCGAAUUCCCUAGUAACAACUGAUUCAACUUCAAAAUAAAGUAAAAAAAAAGGUUGUUCUAUGAGGCUCUAAAUAUUUCUUUUCAUCCUCAAUUUUGUGAUUUAUAUUUGACUGACAGUUUCUUAGUUUCAUAUUUUAUAAUAAUUAAUAUAAUUUGAUAAUCAGUUAAAUUGUGCAAAUGCCACUCGGCGCACAAAGUUAUGAAGGUAAACGGUUCAUACAGAAUUUUUUUAAUUACAAUUCCAAAAAUAUUUUUUAUGUAAACAUACUGUCAUUUUAAACGAUAAUUUUGAAUGAUGAUGUCAAUUGAAGGCCUUUUUUAGUUAAAAAGCAAAUGCAAACGAAUAUAUUUUGUUUUUUCCUAAGAUUUUUUUCAUUAUAUUUCAUUAUUUUUCAGUUAUGUAUAGUAUGCGCCAGAUUUCUAGUAUGCUCUGAUAUUAUACUACGCUGGCGCUGAUAUAAUUAUUUACUUACUUCCUUCAGCGCUACAUCCCUUUGUGGGUCUUGGCCUCCUCUACCACUUUUCUCUAUUCAUUUCUUUUCUUCACGUUUUUUGCUGAUAUGAUAAUUUAAUAAUCUUGUGGUAAACUAAGCUAAUUGAGCACGAUUCACCUCUCAUUCUGAGAGGAGAAUCGUGCUCAAUAGUGAUCCGAACAUGGGUUGCCAAUGAUGAUGAUGGCGCUGAUAUAACCCGCUGGGAUAUGCUUUGUACAAUGUUCAAUCUUCAAUAUUCAGAGUUGACACUAAGAUAUGAAUUAGAAACAAGUUUCACACGUUUGUUUAUGCGAUGAAAAGUGUUUUAUUUAUAGUUCCCUCAAAGCUACCCUAUAAAAAUCAUAUUCGUGUCACAGUGGCCUGCUAGUGUCUUAGCUUACUAAGUGUUUUACACUGAGAAAACAAACAAAGUGUUUUAUGUGAGCCUAAAUUAUGUCUUUUAUAAUAUAUUUGACGCAUACUAUACUUUAUUUACUAUAUGUUUAUUGAUAUUUUUGUUGAACAGUUAUAAUUACACAGGAAUAUAAUUUACAUUAACGAUUCCCAUCUUUUUGUAAUUAUUAUUGAUCUAAUGUAUAAUUUUCUAAAAUUUUGAUGUACCUAAUGUUAUAUUCAUAGAAUAUUUUUAUUAUUGAUUUGAGUUUCGAUCUCAUUAGUGUGAGAACUCUGAACAAAUCUACUGAUGGGUUAGAGCGGGAUUCCGUUCCACAAGUCGGCUGUCGGGCCCGGGAGGCUUGUUCCAGUUUCAGCCCCCCUAGCUAAAUGGCACGUCGAUUCUCUUUCUACGAUCGCUGACGCUUCGAAAACUAGAAAGAUGUAUGGGAAUGGCAUUUGUUAUUGACAGGUCACGUGAUCUGACAUUUCCAUACAUUUUAUAGUUAUCGAAGCGUUAGCGAUCGUAGAAAGACAAUCGACGUGCUACUUUGCUAGGGGACAGAAUGUUUUAUAUGUAGUUCACUUAAGAUUAAAGAGUCGCUAUGAAAUGGCAAUAGGCGGGGCUCAAAGAGACACGAUUACCAAGGGGCAAAGGCGACUGCAACAGAAAGUGCAGUGUUGGUCGACCCCCCAUUAGGUGGGCCGUCGACAAGCGGGUGACCGGGACCCGCUGGACGCAUGAUACUGAAGCCUGAAGACCGUGGUGUUUGGAAGUCCUAUAUCCAUCAAUGGACGUGCAUCGGUUGAUAAUGACUCACACCUGCUCUGACAUAAAAUCGUGUGAAUAACUUCAUACAAAAUAUUCUGAAACUGGAAUGUCUUAUUAAAAUCCGGACCCUACAACUGACUAAUGGAAACCGGCUCUUACAGUUCGCAAUUAUAAAAGAUGUUAUAUGUAUUGUUAAUGAUAUGUUAUGUUUUAUUAGUAUGUGUACAAAGCUGAAUACAAUCCUUGCUAAAUGUUAUUUUUUUUAAUUUGUGUAAGUGCGGGCGGUGUUCAGCUUUUAAUGUGUUUAAAUGUAAAUUAUUAAUUAUUGUGUAAAAUUAAACCAAAGUAUGUUAUGUAAUAAACAAAACGGUGAUAACAGUUA